AUCAAGCUGUCAGUUUACUAUGAACUAUAUUUUCGAUAGCUAUGUUUUUGUAAAAUUAUUUUCAGUUCAUAAACAUUUUAGUUUGUAGAUUUGUUUUUAUAUAUUUUUUUUCAUCACAGUAAUAUUUUACCAAAGGACAUAUUAUAUUUAAAUCAUGCCAGAGUGUGUACCCUGCCCGGCGGCGGCACCUUGUAUGCCCACAGCUGGGGUUAAAUGUGGGCCAAAAGAUGGGAAGCCGAUGGACGGACGACAGGAACACUCCUGUCCCUGUCGGUCUUGCUGUUGUGGGAAGCCGGCUGCCGUUAAACCAUGCUACAAGCAACCCAGGAUACCUGAUUCGUACGCUCCACGCCGCUGCUACAUGAAGCCAAGCGCUCCAGUGGAAUCUUGCACCACAUACAAGCUCUCUUAUUUGCCUGUUGAUGGAUGUCAGAACUUGAGAGGCGUCGCUCGCAAACCUCCACCGAACCUUGUACCUAGCUGUGAGCCCAUGGAGGCUUGCACGGUUCAAAAGAUGUCCUUCUUGCCAAAUCCGGUGUGCGUCACACAACCCAUACGCCCAUGUCACCACGACAUGUGGGGCCAGGGACCGAUGCAGAACAUCACAACACAACGCCACGACUACGUUCCUAAGCCCUGCGUACUCCGCGAGAGUUGCAAGCCACCGGCGAAGUUCCAUUGUGUGGAACAGCCCUUUGAAAAUCGCACUGUGAACAAGCUAUCUUACUUGCCGCCUGAGAAGAUUGAAUUGGUCAAAUCAUACGCCCCGGAACGUUGUUACGAGCGACCAGCGGCUAAAAUGGAUGGCAGCACUACACACAAAUUGAGCUAUAUGCCAAAUCAGAUCAUGCCAAAGGAGCCUCUGCCUUGGGCUUGUAAAGGACAAUAUCAAAAGCCCUGUCAGAAGUUGGAGGGAAACACGACUUAUACAAUGAGUUAUUUGGAUUCACAAAGUGAUUGUCGAAGGCGCGCCAUAAUACCAGACAGCUGCACCAAUCCCGUAACGGCUUCGAAAAGAUUCGAAACACAGACUAUCUAUAAGAACAGUUAUCUUCCAACGACGGCCCCCAUUCCUCAUCCUAUAAAGCCUCUUCCAAAUCUCGUUCCAUCCACAGCGCAAAUGGAAGGCGAUACUGUCCAGAAGUUAUCCUUCUUGCCAAAUCCGGUGUGCGUCACACAACCCAUACGCCCAUGUCACCACGACAUGUGGGGCCAGGGACCGAUGCAGAACAUCACAACACAACGUCACGACUUCGUGCCCAAGCCGACUGUAUUGCGCGAAUCUUUCAAACCGGCUCAUAAAUUCCAUUGUGUAGAACAGCCCUUUGAAAAUCGAACAGUAAAUCGGAUGUCGUAUUUAGACCCGGGAAGGCAGCCGCCUCCGGAGUCCUAUGCUCCUAGCAGAUGUUACGAGAAACCUGCAGCCAAAAUGGAAAGCGAUACGAUACAGAAGAUGUCCUAUCAAGCUGUGUGCGCGUCAGCACCUCAACGGCCGCCGUGGGCAUGCAAAGGGCAGUACCAAAAGCCCUGUCAAAAGUUGGAAGGUACCACAAUAUACCGAUCGUCUUUCCUACCUCCCGGCGAAGAUUGCACCGAGUAUAUGGACCCUUGUUCGUAUGGCGACUGCAAACCCUGUAAUUGUGUCUGUCCCGCUCAAUGCAUAGCUACCGACCCUUGUGCCUGUAACUUUCCCAGAGCCGAAUGUUGUACGUAAUGUCGUGACGUUGUCGUGUCGUGGCUUCUAAAUUCAUGUGACCCAAGAUGGCGGUCUAGCGUCAUUUGAUUAGAAAUUUGACGUGUUUAAAUUAUUGUUAAUUCAAUACAAAGCGUUCAAAGUAAAACUAUUUGGAAUAUUUUCUUUUUAUAGCAAUUUACUAGGUUUGUUAUAAAUAGUUUAAAUUAGUUUUUUAAUACAAUAAUUUACUAGUUACGCUUUUUACGUUAAAUUUAAAUUAUGUAUACUUAAACGAAUAAAGGUUUUUUUAUUGAAA